AGUCUGGAGCCGGAGGGCCACUGUGUGACACGCGCAGCAGAGCCGACGACCAGCGGUACCCUAGAAUUCGAGACUUACAUUAUUAUACGGCGCGGGAGUGGCAGAGGUUUAAUAAGCCCACAACUCAGCUUUACGACCAGAAUCCGCCAGCACCCGUUCCCUCAGCACCCCAGAUAACCCAACCACCGAGUUACAAAGUCUCACUGGCACUGAAAGUAACCCACCAUCACCAUGACAUAACCUUUUCGCCCUGCAAUCUCCGUAGCGUCCUAACCAUAUUUGAAUCUUUCUCCCUCUCACCACCCCACGGUGACGACCUCGGGUCAUCGGGCCGACGCAAUGACCUACAAUGGCACCACGGAGCCGAUAUCGGACAUCCUCUUCAUGGAGUACGUGGCGUACAACAUCAUCGUGCCGACGGUAUCGGCGUGCGGCGUGCUGGGCAACAUCCUCAACCUGCUGGUGCUCACCCGGGGACAGAUGAAGGCGCCCAUCUACAUCUACUUCACUACGCUGGCAGUGGCGGAUCUGGUCACAUGUCUGCUGGUGUUCUUUAGCGGUAUCGCCAAGGGGGCGGCCGCCGCCAGCUUCUGGUGGCAGGUGUUCGAGGUGUACUUCUACCUGGGCAUCGGCUCCAUCUCCACCACCGUCUCCAUAGCAACCAUCGUCAUGGUGACCGUGGAGCGACUCAUUCUCAUACGGAAUGGACAGAGCGCCAAGACGUACUGCACCCGCGAGAUGGCCUGGCGCGUCUGCCUGGUCAUCUUCCCGGUCAGCAUCGUCUUCAACAUUCCCUACUUCCUGGCAUUCGUCGUGGACGACGGCAUUCAGGAGACGCAUUUCUACCGGGGACAGUAUUACCAGAUCCACAACUGGAUUCGUUUCGUGGUGUUUGGUCUGGGCACGGCGCUGUUCCUGGCGGUUGGAAACCUGCUGCUGAUUCUGUCACUGCGCCAGAGCUACCGACACCGCAAAACGCUGCUCUCACAGCGUAAACUGCGCGAGGAGAAGCGGCUCAAGGAGCAGACGCGUCUAACAGCCACCCUGGUCGGCAUCAUCGUGCUGUUUCUGAUCGGCGAGUUUCCCACCCACCUGGCCAGCCGGCAGUCGGCCGCUACACUCAUCUACGGCGGUGACACGUCCCAGCUCAGCUCGGACGGCUACCGCACCUUCAAGCUGGUCGUCUCAGUGCUGAUGGCCGUCCACUACUCGUGCAACUUCAUCCUCUACUGCGCGCUCAACUCCAAGUUUCUCAGCAUGGUGUCGCGCGUGCUGCUCUGCCUGAGAGCGGAGCCUGAGUUGGAGACGAGUGAUAUGCGGGUCACGGCUUCUGACCCAGCCCGAGGGAUGAAUGUGAGAGCCCAGGGCGCACGCAGGAUGAGCGCUGGGAGGGCAGCGGCACCCGCGGCGCCAGGUCAGACCGGCUCGGGACACAUCAGCCCACUAAAGGCGCACCUCGGGGGCAAUGGCCAUGCGCUGUGAUGGAGUCCUUGGACCAUUCGAUGGCUGCAUGCCUAUCAAAUGACACACAACAGACCGUUCCAUGCUUCUAUCCUCAGGAAACUGAAAUCCUUCUCCUCCACGCCACAACCCCUCUCCGGGCUGGACAGGCAACUUUAUCUCAUGCGCGGUCCUUGGAGCGGCACCGCUGCUCCCGAGGGAACGCACCCCGUAGCCGGGUGCAGUGAGUGCCUUGGGGCUGGGUGGCCUGUCUUCGGACGGGCUCAGCCCCGGCGACUCACUAGGGUGCCUGCCCAGACCAAUGUCUCCCCCUAAUUCCUAUCAUCCUUCCGGCUCUGCAAUGGUCUUGUCGACCGAAAGGGCCUAACCCAACAAAAAAAAAACACACAACAGGGUUUGUAAUAAGGUUCGAAAUCCGUCAACAUAUGAGUGCACUGGAUCCCCAAGACUUUCAUUGAAUUUCGUAAUUAUUAUCCAUUUAGUAAACAAAUCGGUCAUGUUGAGCUAGAGCAUACAAGUAGAAUAGCGAUCGAUCAGUGCAUUUCCUGAACUCUGAGGCAUUCUUUCAGAUGGACACCAGUAGAUAUGUGAUUUGUGAAGAGUUGUCAAAUCAUGUCGUUGUUUGUUAUCGCAGUUUAUCGCAGAGCUGUCUCUCUUUACUCGCAAUUUGCAAUUGAAGACAGCUCUUCUUGCGGCUCGGUGGUGAGGAGCUGCGAAAAGUAUAUCAGACAUACGUGUUUGCCGCAGCUGUGAGCUAAUUUUAUCGGUACAGAAGCUUUAUUAGAGUAAGUUGAGACAGAUGUGUGAUGGUGGUGUCUGCUGAAGUGAGUGAGCUAGUGAUCAGUAGGAUUCGGCGUUGUAUGCGAGUAGCGCUUUAUUUUCACCAUGACCAUCCUUCGGACGGAAGACGUGAUAGCUGACGGGGUGAAUUUGCAGACAGAUCUGAGUGGACGUCUUGUCGGACAUUACCCGACCCAAGCUGGUCAUCGCUCGACCUGCCACUCCGUGUGCAUGGUACUUUUACUUACUGGUGACUUACUACUAGUAAACGUCCUUCGCAAAUCGCCGGUAGUGAAAGAUUCACAGCGUGUGUUCCUAUCACAUCUGACGUUUUAUGUGAAUGCGUAGACCUCUACAUACCAUGUAAAGUUCUAUGGUGAAUGUGAUAAGGUUACUCUAGGUAAACGAUAUGGCAUCGUAUACCCUAUGCGGCCAUAUUUCGUAUUGCUAAACAUUACACAUGUGUAAAAUUAUUUCAUGGUGCAUCGGCUUUUUCGUGGACCGUCGAUGAUGUUUGCCAACGCAUUAAAGGUAG